AUGCCCCUCACUAAUGGGACAGUCACCCUCUCUUCCUUCAUCUUGAUGGGUUUGCCCGGUAUGGAAGCGGCCCAGUUCUGGCUGGCCUUCCCCUUGUGUGCCGUGUAUGUUGUGGCUGUUGUGGGCAACUGUGCUGUGAUGUCCAUUGUUAAAGCAGAGCCCGCCCUCCAUGUCCCCAUGUACUUCUUCCUCUGCAUGCUGGCAGCGGUGGACUUGGCACUGUCCACAGUUACCAUACCCAAGAUCCUUUCCUUCUUCUGGUUUGGUGCCAGGGAGAUUGGCUACAAGGCCUGCCUUGUCCAGAUGUUCCUCAUCCACUCCCUUUCGGGAGCAGAGUCUACCAUCCUCUUGGCCAUGGCCGUGGAUCGGUACGUGGCCAUCUGCCACCCGUUGCAACACUCGGCCAUCCUCACCAACUCAAAGACGGCAAAGAUUGGUUUUGUGGCAGUAGCGAGAGGAGUCGUCUUCUUCCUUCCCUUUCCUUUUCUCAUCAACCGCCUGACAUUCUGUGGUUCCAGUGUCCUCACACAUUCCUACUGUGUCCACCAGGACGUCAUGAACCUGGCUUGUGGCAACAGAAUGCCAAACAUUGUCUAUGGUCUGACAGCCAUCCUUGCGGUGAUGGGCCUUGAUUCCCUGCUCAUCUUCAUGACCUACCUGAUGAUCUUGAAGACAGUCCUGCAGCUGGACUCCAGGCAAGAGCGCAUCAGAGCCUCUGGGACCUGCGUGGCCCACGUGUGUGUGGUCCUGGCCUUCUACGUGCCCCUGAUUGGGCUCUCUGUGGUGCACCGCUUUGGGAGGGACUUGCCUCCACUGGUUCACAUCACUAUGGGCAACGUCUACCUCCUGUUGCCUCCUGUACUUAACCCCUUGGUCUACGCAGCCAAGACCAAGGAGAUACGGAGAAGGGCCCAGAAGUCAUUGAGGAGAGCAUGA